AAAAGGUCAUUUAGGAAUUGAUAUAUUGAUUGCAUUUUGGAAAUUAGAGUCCAACUAAACCCAUUGAUAUCUUCUCAGUGUGGAAUUCAUCUAUUGGAGUCUUGAUUGUUUGUUCUACCAUUUAAAAACUUAGGAUAAAGAAAUAAACCCCAGUUCUAUUACUUGUGCUCUCCCCACCUUCUGUUCAAUAUGUCUGCAAAGGUACUUGAUUCAAAUCCAACCACACCUCAAUCAUUUUCUCAAUCAGGCUUGGGACCCUCUGAGAAGACAGAUAAUAAGGAAAUAAGAGCCCAAUUCUCUUCAACGAUUUCUAGUGGCGGUAGCAAUUUUACCGGAAAUGCCGUUCGAAAAUCUUCUUCUGAUAAAGUAAGCAAUCACAGAACCAUUGAUCCCGAACAAUCAUCGUCAACUUCAUCUACCACCAACCCAAGUACGUCCACCACCAAUCCCCCCACCUCUGGAAGCAGUACCGCCCCACAAACUUCCCCAUUACUCUCGUCGACCCCUCCAAUUGUAGCGAAGUCAUUAAUCAAAUCCUACCCAUACCUUUUGAUCUUAAACAAGCUUCUUCUGAUUUUCACUUGGACAAAUGAUGAUUAUUGGGUGAACUUGAUUGUGAUUUGUAUCUAUGGAUUCACAGUACUUUACUUCGAGAAGCUUGUCACAUGGGCAGGUCAUCUUAUAAUAGUGGGGAUCAUCACUCUUUACGCAGUUUUGAAUCAAAAAAUCGUGGAAGAAACAAACCUCCAUCCAACUUUGGAUGACGUUGUCCAAGCAUUGACGACUACUUGUAUCAAAGCUGACAUGCUUUUAGCACCAAUUACAUCCCUUUCGCUCAAUGCAUACGAUAUCAAGAGAUUGUUAUUCACCACUGUGUUUUUAACCCCAAUUUAUUUGAUUAUAUCCUUCUUUGUGAUUAAACCUAGAAUCAUUUUACUUGCUACUGGUCUUCAUAUUUUAUCUUAUCAUUCUGCUUAUCUGAGAGUGACUAGAAAAAUGCUUUGGAAAAUUAAAUUUGUUAGAUUAUUAUGUUUUUAUCUUACUGGAUUAGACUUCCUGACUGCUAAAAACCAUUCCUUAUUUGCAGCAGCAUUUGCCAAGGUUCAAAAGAAUGCCACCGGUAAUACUUCCAAAUCUUCUUCUGGUAAUAGUAGUGGUGGUCUUGCUGGCAAUGAUGGUAAACCAGUGAGAUUCACAUAUGCCAUCUAUGAAAAUCAACGUAGAUGGUUAGGAAUUGGUUGGACUUCGAAUCUACUUUCCUAUGAAAGAACACCAUGGACUGAUGAAUUUUUAAAUGAAUCUUCAUCAAUUGAAAGUUUCCAACUUCCUAAUGCAGAAAACUCUAAUUAUUCAUUUGGUCAUCAACAAUCUCUGCAAUUAGUUGCUAACGGAGCUAAUUGGCGUUGGGUUGAUAAAACUUGGAGAUUGGAUUUGACCAAUGAUGGUGCUAUAACGCUUUCCAAUAAUAAACGGUCAAGAACUACUGCCAAUCCUUCAACCGAUGAUGGAUAUAUUUAUUAUGAUAAUGUUUGGAAGAAACCAACUACAGAAGACUCAUUUGGUAAAUACACUAGAAGAAGAAGAUGGAUUAGAACUGCUGAAUUAGUGUUCAAUGGUAGUGGCAGUGAAACUGCUUCUAACAGUAUCAACAUUAGUCCUACUACUACAAACAUCGAAGAUACCGCAUCAACUACUGGCGUGAGCAGAACAUCCACUACUAAUGACGUUACUUCCACUACCAGCUCUACAAGUAAGAGUAAGAAGAGAAAGAGUUUACGGUUUGCUAGCGAAGAAGAUGACAUAAAGGAAAUAAAUGAAAAGAUAGCAGAUACAAAAAAGAUUGAAGAUGAACAAGUUACCUUGAAGGAACCUGCAUCUUCAUUGCAAGCACUAGAAUCAACUGACUUGUUGGAUUCAAUUGCUUUGGACGAAUAUAAUGGAUCUGUUGCAUCCGCUGUGGCUGAAAUAAUCCCAAAGUCGAAUGUGGGACCUACACUUCCACCUAGACCAACUGGGUUUGAUGAAGAGAAAUUUACCCAGACUUCGUAAUUUACAAGUAUAUAUGAAAAAUAUAAUACCUAAAUGUAAGAGUUCU